AUGGAGUGUGAUGAUGGGUCAGAGUAUGACAGUGGAGGGACUCAUGAGCUUAGGUCAAAAAGAAGAGAAGAUAGCCCCACGGCACAAGUUGACGAGGGCAUAGGAGAUAACGAUGAGCACUGCAGUAGCAAGGAAUUAGAAGAUUACGUCGAUCCUAAGGCCAGCAAACAUGGAGAUGAAUGCAAAGACAAUAGCCUUCCUAGGGAAGGACAGUUCACUAACACAAUAAUCCAAAACACUAUCAGGGAUACAUCAGCCACAUCCAGGAGCAAUGCAAACAGCGGUGAUGGAUCCCAGACUGUACAAGUAGAUAUUACUGGAUCACAGAGCCAGUCAGUUGCUGCUGCAAAACAAGGGUGCAACCAUGAAGGGCAUGAUAUUAUAGAUGGCGACAAAGAAGCUCACACCGACGCCAUCACUGCUGAUAUAAGCACCAAGCAACUUGCCAAGACCACACAAGCAGCUGCGGGAGAGUGUAUCAACACCCUUCAAACGUCAUCAGAUGUUAAAAUCAAGGAGAGCAAAGCAUUCAAGGAUGCACCAGAUGCACCAAGCUUCUCCCUUGGCUUCAACGACAACCAGGAAAACAGUCCAACUAAAUCAUCAGGAGAAAUCACUGAGUCAAUGAUCAACAAGGCUUAUGAGCAAGCAAUGGAAAUUUCAAGUAACAAGACAAGAGAACAAACCACUGAACAACCAACACAUGAAGAUGACGAACCAUGUGAUGAGCAUAUCCUCAAAUACACACCAAGGCCUGAAGAGGACAAACUGUACACUGAAUUAUCCAAGUACGACAGGGCAAGAUAUGAACCUGACUUGAGAUCCACAGAAAUUUUUGUCAGUGCAUAUGAAAUAGCAAGAAGUUUGCUGAUGAACAGAUCCUUAAACACCAACGCAAUUCACAUGGGAACUUGUGUGCUCUCAAAUGACCCAAAGCAAAAGAGGAAAAAGAUUAUGUCUCCAUGGAUAAAAAUGAUGACCAAUGGAAUGUAUGACAAGCUGGUAGAGAAGGCCUUUGACUUCCUAAACACAGAUUAUGACAUGAUAUUAUUCCCAAUCCACCAAAAAAAUGACAAAGUACCAGACGCAGACGGCCACUGGUUUACAAUCGCAGUAAACCUGGAAGCCAAGAAGUUCCAGAUCAUUGACUCAGCAAGGGCACCAGGCAACGCUGAUUUUCACAUUUCAGCUAGAGUUCAUUGCCGGAUUCAAGCAAUUUGGAAUAAUUCUUUUUUUAAUCCAUUCCAGUCACGACUGUGGCUUGUUCACAAUCAAGGCAAUACAAUAUUGGGAUGGAAGUAAGUUGCCCGUGUUUAUAGGAUACGAUGAGUUCAAAUUGAGAAAGGCUGUGCUUUGGGAAUGGAUCAACGCCCCUAUAAACAUAGCAGACUGGAGGGGUGUGUUUCAUCCACUACUUAAAAGAAGAGGGAAGCUCAAAGACAGCUGAGAUUUAGCCAAGGAGCAACACUUUCUUUUCCAAGGAGAAUCACUUUCUGUGUAGCUGUGUCAAUAAACCACUUCUGUUCGGUGUAAUAUAUAAAAAAACAAGAUGUAAUCAGACACUAGUGGAAUUAUCUGACAAAUUCAGCACUAGUCGAAUCACUCAAUUCAAAAAGUUGUUGAAUGCAAAAGUUGUCCCUUGUCUGCAA